GCCAGACACAGUGAGCGGUCAGAUGCUGGGACAGAUGGGACAGCAGGCCACACUGGAGGAACCACUCAAGUAGACCUCGACCUGCUCACAGUGCUCGCACUCACUGCCCGACCAAAAAAGCUACUCUGCUGGGAAAAUACGCUUCUGUCUAUUCUCACAGACAUAUAAUCUUAACAGCAAACUGGAACUACUAGACUGGGACAAUACCUUUGGACAAAAACUUAAAGGAUGCAGGACGGGAGAUUGAAUCAGUCCCUCCCCCUCUCUCUGCUUAUGAAGGAUGGGGGCAGGGUUCUAGAGGGAGACGGAGGGGUGUUCUCAGAGACGUCGUCUGAUGGGGAUCUAUACCUGGACUCUAUGGCGGAUAUGGACGCCGGAGUUGGGGACUUUUCAGAUCUUACCGCCUUCCUCAGCCAAGACGAGAUCAACCGCAGCCUGGACCUGGCUCGGGAGGCCUUCAGUGAUGCAGAAGACCGGGGGGUCACUGUCUCUCCUAUUCCCAGAACCCAGGAGCCGGCUCUCUACUUCCCCUCCCCCACCCCCUUCAACACCACAGAAUACCUGACCAAAAGCCCCAGCUUCCCCCACCAAACCAAAGCCCACUCCCCAGAUGACAGUCACUCAGUCAAAGUCACCUCCAGCCAGAGUUUCCACCUCAGCAGGCCCAUACAGACCACAUGCGAAGCCAUGGCCUUGCCUGAGAAGUUUGUCUGCCACAAGAACAUCACCCCAGUCUACAAGCAGGACAAGCCCCGACUGGUCCACGAGGGCUUAGAGCUGAAUGAACGGGCUGCCUCCGCCACUGAGUUCUGUAGCCGUGCUGCCACCUUCAUCGAGGAGCUGUCCUCCAUCUUUAAAGGCUCCGCCCGGCCGGAGCAAAUGGGGGAGGAAGACUCCUCCUCUCCCGACAGCGGGUAUCUGUCUCCUAAGAGCCACUGGCUGGCCCCCCAUGGCUCUGCCUCUGUCCCCCCACAGCCUCUCAUCCAACAGGGGGCACCACAGCAGUGUGAGCCAGGCUUGGGUAUCCAGCCAGCAAGCAUGAUGGGUGGAAUGGGUGUGACGGGUGUCCCUUCUCUGAGUGUGACGGGGGUUCCAAUUGUCUCCAAUCUGAUGAGUGUGAAUGAGUUGAUGGGGAAGCAGCAGCACAGUGGAGCACAGUUGAUGGGGGAGCAGCAGCACAGUGGAGCCCAGUUGAUGGGGGAGCAGCACAGUGGAGCCAAGUUGAUGGGGAGCAGCAGCACAGUGGAGCCAAGUUGAUGGGGAGCAGCAGCACAGUGGAGCCAAGUUGAUGGGGAGCAGCAGCACAGUGGAGCCCAGUUGAUGGGGGAGCAGCAGCACAGUGGAGCCACGUUGAUGGGGAGCAGCAGCACAGUGGAGCCAAGUUGAUGGGGAAGCAGCAGCACAGUGGAGCCAUGUUGAUGGGGAGCAGCACAGUGGAGCCAAGUUGAUGGGGAGCAGCAGCACAGUGGAGCC